CGCCUCCAGGGACUCUUAAGUGACUCCAUACCAGCAGCUGCCUAAUUGAAGGGGUGACGGAGCUGGUGGGGGACUGUAAACAUUGUCCCAUAUUGUGCCAAUUAAGUUAUGGUACAGGAAAUUAGAGAAAGCCUUUUCAUUACUUACUGAACAAUGAUUACUGCUCCUGAUCAGGCUGAGUAAACAUAAGCAAACCAAACCAUCAAUCACAGAAGAUUAUUGCUACAGAAACAAAAUGAAGUUACCGCUUAAUUCAAAAAUAAAGAGGGAGAAAUAAACAGGAAAUAGGAACAAUUCACUUGGGCUUUGAUUAAGUCUGUUUAAACCAUCAAACAACAAAACGUGAUGAGAAUGGGUGUAAUAAUUAUCCACUGAAAGCAGCUUCUUUGGGUUGAAAUGUGUCCGGUUUGUGGAUCACUAUCAAAAUUAAAGGUUUGGGAGAGUAACAUAAAAAAAAAACAUUAACUGAUGGGUUAAUUAUUCAGAAAAAUGGUCUCAUUCAGCAUUCCUUGCUUCCCAAAUGUGUAAACAUGCUGCUUUAUUAGUUUACAUUAUUGCACAUUGAAGACAUCAGAGUAAACUUUGGUUUUAAAUAUUUGGUGAGGGCAAAAAAACAAAAACAGGACACUAUAGAGCUAGAAUCCUGACCCUGGAGACACUAAUGGACAUUUCUUGAAGAGGCAGUCAUAAAAAUCUGCUAAAUGAUAAUGUUAAUAAUCAUUUAAAACCCUGAAACAGACUUUUAUAUUUGUCAUCGUAUCCUUGCCAAGUUUGACAGAGACAACUUUUGAAUUGUGAAGGUUAAAACCCAACAAGAAGGGAGGAAUAACAUAAUCCUCUCAGGAAAAGGCCACUCGCCUUUCAUGAAACAAAAAAACGGGUCAUUUGACAACACUUUGACAGAGAAUAUUUGGAUUGACAUGAAAUCAAUACAAAGUGCAAAGAUGGUAAAACUGUGGGUUGGAGGGCAGAAAAUUUCCUUUCUCUGUUUCUAUUUGGAGACACCAGCUGAAAGGCAGAGACCUCAAUAAACUUUAUGUAUGUAUGUGUCUGUAAUACUUUAUCUUCUUAAAACAUGAUUUUGAUAUGAUAGUUUAAGACUUCCUGCAGGCUGCGCUGAUGUUCAAGAUCCAGCAUUUUGAAAUGACAACUCAACCACUUUCUAACACGAAUGUGAGGCGAUGAAUCAGGUAAAUCUGCUGCUAAAUAAAAAGUGUGGGUUCAAGUUAACCUAUAUUUGUUUUUGCUGAGAAAAAAUCUUUCAAUGAACAAUAAAAAAUAGCAGUCUCAGAUAAGGUUCCAAAGCUCAGGGAUACAGGAAGAUCAGAUUUUUAUUAUUAAAAUGUAAAGCACAUUAUAUAAAUUAGAAUAUGGUAAUAGGUCACAGAAUAAUAAGGAGAAAUAGUAAGUCUUUUUUUCCCCCAAAAGAUAUCUGUGAGGAUAUCUCAGAUAUAAUAUAUACACACUUACAUGUUACUCUAAACACUGGCUGUGCUUCCUGUUUUCAUCCUCACUUAGAACAUCACUGCAUCUACAGCCCUUCAACACACCUCUUAUGUAAACCAUGUCAGUUAAAGGUAUGGAAAUAUGCAUGGAUGAAGUAAAAGACGAUACUGCUUCUCUUGCAUUUUCUCUCCUAUAUUUUGCAUUACUUGUUAUGUAUUUAUCAGUAAUGUGUUUACUUUAUCGAUUCACAUGUUGUAUUUUCAUAUUCUACUCACACUGCUCACAUCCUGGAAGUUUGACUUGACAACAGUUAACUUUACACAAACUGUAAGCACUAUAAAUUAAUUUGAAUCUGUUCAAUCUGAUCACCAAAUUACAAGAAAACUAGUGCUUUCAAAGCUAAGACUUUAGUGCCCUCCUCUGGCCAAAUACCAACAUGACCAGCAGGAAUGAAGCAACUGAGGAGUGCAGGCAAAGCUCUGCAAAUGGUACACAAGAACCAAAAUCAGAGGACAAAUACACCUGUCCAAAUCAAUCAAUCUACCGUAAAGACAACAGUACUCAUUCUUGUGCACAAGCACAGCAUGCGACUCCAAAGUUAUUUAAGGCACAUGUGUUUUAGCAGAGAAAGAUGUUAAUUCUCUGUUUAUGUAGUAACAAUGAAUUUUCCAAUCAGCACUGCUGCUCUGUCUCACUUAAGGGAAACCAGCGAUGCUUUAGUAAACUUCACAACUCUCAACCCUCACUCUAUAUUGUGUUUUUUAAUUUGUGUGCUGAUAUUAUAUUACUCCCUGUCCUCAAUUGAUUCCUCUUACAGUGUAUAGACUUUAUUUACCACGUAGAUCAAUAACUUUUCAUCCUAUCCAGCCCAAAUUCAGUUAGGUGACAGCUCUUGCCUCUUAUGUGAUUCUCUGAAGCCCUUUCUUAGUAAAUGUCAGAUGUACUCGAGGCACAAAUGUCAAAACAAUAAAAUGUUAACACUGUUUAGCACCAGCUUCAAAAGGAGUAAGACAAAUAACUCUAUUAAAAUCUGAUACUUCAAUUAAGUGAUUGAAAUAUUAAAUUUGUCUACAUUUAAUGUUUUAAAAGGAAACUGUCUCACCUUGGAGCAUACUAAAUGAAACUUUUGGCCACCAGUGACCCCUUACUGUCAUCGUACUGUACUGUAAAAAAUGAUGGAAAAUUAAGUAAAAUAUAUGCUGGAUUUAACCCGGUUUCAGAAUUUGCCCCUGUAUUAAUAUUAUUUUUAUUAUAAAACCAAUAUACCUAAAUUAUACGCUGUCUUUUACAUAAAACAGCUCGAGAGGGCCAGGAACCAUAGAAAAGACUGGGUGAAGACACACACCAGAUCACACCAGGACCAGGAACUGACUCCAUGACGACAGAAUGAGGACUAUAUAAGUACAUGAGUCCAGUUGUUCUACCAACCGAGCCAAAACAGCACCUCUGUCUCUUGUGUUUUGUACCGCUUUUAUGCUUUUAGUAUCCAAUAAGUAUACGUACCAUCUCAGAAUAGCAUGUUUGGUAUGAUUUAUAGUAAGUAUUGAUGGGUACACCUAUUUAAUGUUGUAGUUGGGAUCAUUUUGAACUCGUUCUAUAAACUCCCUUACUUUCGUUAAUAAAAAUGAAUGACUUCUCAGAAAGCCAUAUAUUAUUAUAUUAUCUCACUCUGUAAAAUAGAUAUUAUAGAGUUAAGAGGAUACUUUGCACAUUAAUGUUAAGGGCUAAAAUGACAAAGCAAUGGAUAAUUAAAAUGCUGUGAAAUUGGACUUAACAUUAAGUAAGUAAAAGUAGCACUUUGGUCAAAGCUUUUUGUUUUUCUUUAAAUGUGCUCCAGGAAAAAACUAACUUGGGUUGCCUUAACUUGAAAGCACUGAGCUUCAUUGCACUUCAGAGUGUGCAACUUUGGAAAAGUAGAAAUUAACCUAAAGGUGAUCAGAUCCAGGUCGAAUUCAAUGUGCAUUUCAAGAACAAGGGUGGUAUAUGGUUACUUUUCACCAAUGGAAAUUUCUGCCCUGUUCAUGAAAACAUGAUUUUAUGAGUAUAUGUGCAUAUAUACUGAGAAUGAAUGCAAAAGUACUACAAAUAAAGGAUUAUUAUAUAUCACACGCAUGAUAAUAUGCAGAAUAUUUUACUGCUGAAUUAGUAAAGUAACUCUGAUCCUAUCCUUGGUCAUUAAAUGUAGUAGGCCUAAUUAAUUUUUUCAUGCAUAUACUAAUUGUCCUUGCAAAGCACACACUCUGAUAAACAGUGAUAAGGAAGGUGAAGUACCCAGCUGUGCAGGGUCUUGUCUCAGCACAUUCACACUGAUUGCUGUAUCUUUGGGGGCAGUUUGAGUUUCAGUGUUAUGCCCAAGACACCAAAAGAAGGAAAAAAAACAGCAGUCUACUGAGAUUUGAGAUGAUUAUCCAUUGCGCCUUUGGGUCAACUACCACGUUACACUGUUUUAUAGUAAUGUUUUCUAAAUACACAGUUUCUCUUACACUAAAAGGGUAUCCCAGUGCAAACUUAACCUCGAUGAAAGGGCAAUAGAGUAAGUUUUAAAGCAGAAAAUGUUUGUUUGUUUUUGUAUCAUUUCAAUGAAGCACUUUUAAUGAUAAUGUAGUCAAGAAAAGCAACAUUUAACAAUAUUAUAACAUUCAUAGUGUUUUCAAAAAUCUUUUUCACACAUCCUGAAAUAAAUUUGGGAUGCAAUAUUAGGGUUGCUCCUUUAAAGUGGGUAAUUAGGAAGUGUGAUAAAUAUUUAGUUCAUCCAGAAACAUAAGGAAAAUUAACCUAAACAUGAAAAAGUGUAAAUAAUUAAAUGUUAUGUUGUUGUGUUUUUCAAAUACACAUUUGUCAAUAAUCAUUAAUUGAAUAUUUUGACGUACAUGGGCACGUGAACCUUUAUUUUUGUCGCCCACUCUUUGAUGUUGAGCACGUGAACAGUCGACGGUCCCCGAGGUCCUCAUUUGCCGAGCACACGUUCACUGAGUUAGGACUAAUUAGCUGACUAGCAUACUUAAUAAAUAUAACCUUUUAUCGCAAACAGCGUUGAUAUUGUGACAUUUCUCACCAGCUGAUAGUCCACACCAUGGCGUUUUCCCUGGUGAGUAAGAGCACAAAGUAAAGUAGUAAAUUAACUUAUUUUUUGACUUAGCUUUGACCUUUUGUGUGACACGAGACUACCGCCGACGCCUCCUCAGAGUUGAGGACAUUAAUUCACACCACAAAAAAAAAAAAAAAAAUACUCAAACCGUAAAGUAACGGUCAACGGCCUUCAAAUUCACUACAUGUGCCCUGACCUUGAGCUUCAGUGUUAGCAUGGAUGCAGGCUGUUUUAAUAUGGGCCUUUAUUGUGGUUUCCUCCUGCAGAGAAAUGACCCCCGCAGGCCAGACAGCCCAGACUCCGAGUCUCCGGCCCUGUCCACCUGCAGCAACGCUGACAUCUUUCGCAGGAUGAACACAAUGCUAGGCAACGCUCUGGACUUCACCGGCGUGUGCACCACACCGAACAACACCAAGGGGAAGCCCGACCCGCUGUGUGGUAAAAGUCUACACCUUUCACUCUGCAGCAAUUGGACCACUAUAUGCUACGCAUUUACUGUGCUUAUGUGUGAACUAGUACUUCCUGCAGGGUCUAGCAAUAGUCAUCCGAGGAAACCAUAUUCACAUGAGCAAGUACCAGCUUCACUAAGAUGGCUGCAUUUCAACCCACAAGUUUUUUAUAACUCUGGUUUAAAAUAGAGCUAUUCCUGUGUAUGAGUCAGCAAAACGAUGAUUUAAGUCAAUACUGCAGGGAAUGCAAGUGCUUUUAUUGUAAACUAUAAAAUACAAAGACUGAAAUUCCAGUUAAACGUCAGAAAUGUUGAGUAUCCAGUGAAAAUUUUGCACUGUAGUAUGUUAUGAGGAAAAGUGCUCCUUAUAUUUUCAUUUUCCAAUUCAUAUAAAGAGCAUCUCAAUGAAAUGCCACCAUAGUCUCACCAGCCAAGAGAACAAAUCUCACCAAUCUGACCAGGUCAACUAAAACUGAAAAUGUAAAACUUUGCAAAAGUGUUUUUUAUGGUAGAGCUGCUGUUUGGGGUUAGACUAGAUUGCCCAGGUGUUUAUAAUGCGGGUGCAUAUAUACAAGAGCAGGAAACAAUGGGAAAAGGCUUCAUUGGGCAUCUUGAAACUUGAGGUAAAGGCCAACCCAUGGCCAAAAGUUAAGUAUUAAAUUUGUCAAAAGGAGAAAAAUAAACAAUUUGUCCACAUGAGGCUGCUCUAAAAUGGUUUUAUGGGUCGUCAUUGAUCACUUAACCCCAGUUGUCAAGUCAUGCACCUGAUGCAGCCUACUUUAAGGUCAAGCCCAAGCUCAAGUGCUGUUUCAAAAAUGUAGGCAGAAGAAUCUUAAUGCAACUGUAUAUAAAUGUAAGUACUUAAGUUUUCUAAGAUCGAGGGUUUCAGAGGACUUCUACAUGAUCCUCAGUGCUGGCUGUAGCUCAGACUCUGAUUCCCCUGCUGUGGUUCAGUGAUUUGCAUUUUAAUUGUAGCUCCACAUUUAGACCAGAAACCCAUAAAAAACGAUCCAGUAAGCAAAGCACCAUAGCAGCAGUAAACUUAAGGCAGGGUUGAAUAUGUGAAAGUAAAAAGUUUAUUUUUCCAGCCACCAAUGGAGUCUCUGUCACUUUCUCUGCCAGAUUUCCUGUCAUUUAAAACCUUCUUCACUUUGUCAUUAAGAUUCUGGUGCCAACAGCUGAUUCAUGCUGCAUUGCUGUUCUGCAGCAUUGCAGCACUUCUAAGUGUUUCUCUUUUUUUUUACCCCAAGAGUAGGAUUUGCCAAGAUUUAAGCUCAGCACAGCUCCUGCACCGUGUCCUUGAGUUGUUAAUUUGUUUAAGAAAAGCCCACACUUGGGUCAUUUCUGUGGAGAUAGCUGGUUGGUAUGAAAAGCCUGUUAGUAUGAGAGUGUACUCGGAUUGUAGAGGAAGUUUAAGGGUACUAAUGUUUUCUUGAGGUUGUAUUGAAGUGAGGUGCAUCUUGAUGCAAACUAAGGUAAACUUCUGCUGUGGCCUCUCUGCCCUGACGCCGGGGCUUGUUGUGCUGAAUCAGGGCUGUAGCCGGCAGCUGGAUGCUUUCCAGGCCUGGAGAGGGAAGGGAGGAGCUGGCUUUGCAAAUCUCGUCCUCCAACAUCUGAUCAGUCAGCUGCUUCUGCUGUGACGGGCUCUGAUUGCCUCUUUUUUUCCUCACUGUUUGUAAGCGAAAAGUCACAGGGCUACACAAAUAAGUUUGUACUUUAGAUACGGGAAUCCAGUUAUUUUAGCAUCCUUGAGUUUUAAAGUUGUUGUUAAAUCAAGUCUGCUGAGUCAUUCACUCCCAUCUCCCAUGCUGCCUCCCACCAUGCCGCUGUAGCUCUGCCCCUCGCCUCCCCCUCCCUCCCUCUUGCCUCUCUGUCAGCUCGUUCAGGAAACAAGACCAGACAGAGUAAGCAGUAACACGGGCAGCGCUGGCAGCUGUCUUCCCAGCGACUCGGAGACGUGCUGUGUCCACCAGAGAGGGGAGUACUUCUAUCAGGACGCCAAUAGCUCCGAUAGGAAUUUUUCAUUACACAGUUGUUAGGCAAGGCAGCAGGGAGGUGGGGGAGAGCUGAUGUCAUUAGCAGGGGUGUGCGAGUGCAUCAGCAGCCAUGUCACAUGCUGCUAGGUGGGUCAGUGAUGCAGACGGAGAUGCAUGGCAGUUUCACCGAGCACAGAGGCAGCAGGUUAGCUUCCCCGUCAGCCAGGGUAUGGGGAGAUGAGAUGAUUGGGGAAGUUUUUUUCCUUUUUUUCCUUUUGAACAGAAGCAGCUUUCUCUGACAAAGCGUAUUCUGACCUUUUCUAAUGUAAUGUGGACUAAGACAACAGUUCUUUUUAGCUGUCUAACACUUCUCUCCCCUCUCUCUCAACAUCUCCGAACUGGAUCUCGAACCGAAAAGAGUCAGAGCUGGCUGCGGUGGGCAGCAGGAAGAUGCUCUUCCCCAACUGUGGAGGCAUGCCCGGCUCCCAGGAGAUGCCGUCGUCCAGGGGCCCGCCGGAUGUCACAGACCUGGGCCUGGGCCUACAAUCUCUCCGGCUUUCCGGAUGGGACAGACCCUGGAGCAGCCAGGAGACGGACACACACACUUCCCCCUCCCAGGUUCAGACCAGUUCACCCUCCAGUAAGUACCAGAUCAGUCUACCUACGUGUGUUCAAAUACAACAACUAAAACUGACUCAACCUGGUAUGUAACACUAGAUGAUGCCCCUGAUUGUGGUGUGUGGUGGUUGUUUUUCCAAAGUUUAUUGCGGUCUCUAUGACCCCCUUUCAUUUGGAUUGAGUACAGCAGACAUUUUAACAUCUGUAAGACUGUGUGCCUUAGUUUGUGUGGCCUAAUUCAAAUUGAAACAAGUGGUGGUUUUGUCAUUAGCAGCUGUCUGUGUGGGAACAAGCUGUAGCGUCACAGGGGAGGAUGAUGUAGCAGUUUUGCUUUGCAGUAUCUCUUGCACUCCAGCAGGCACAAACAAUCAAAAGGAUGCUGUUUUGUUUUCUUCAAAGCUAGAGGAUGUAAGGGUUUAAUCUUAACUCAGUAUACAUUACCUGUUGCUCAAACUAGUGAUGUGAGGCUGCUGUUUUUCAGCUGAGCACACUGGUUUCAUUAGCAGACAAACAGGCCUACAUGGCUGCACAUCAUCAGUAAACAGAUGAUUUCAAUGCAGAUAUUCUCCCUGCCCCAUAGUUAACUGAAAAGCGUUUCACUCUGCAUGUGUACCACCCACUAUAACGAUGCCCAACUUCUCCAUCCAUGACCCAUUUGUAGUGCGACAGUUUUAUCACUGCACACCCAAACACAAGCUGCAUUUCUUCAUUUAGAGCUUUCUAAACUGGGCCCGCAACAAACUGGGACAGAGCUCUGAACGUGGCCCACGGCUGAAUAAUCCCCAGUGCCUCAUGUUCACAAUUACAGGCCGCACAGUUCAUAUCUGUCACUGCUGCCAGCUGAGUCAUUUGGUUAUCAAGAGGAAGGAAGAUGUUUGUUAAUACGUGAGGAAUUGCUGCUCACUGGGCUUUGUUUGGGGAAGAGGUCAGAUGAAUUGGACUCGAGUAAUCACUGUAAAGGAAAGCCACUUAGCCUCCAUGAUAAUAUUGUUUCGGAUUGAUUAAAAAGAGACAAGUCUAAAACAUCCAAUUUGGAACUGAAAAUGCUUCAAGCAUCGACCCAAGCAUUUCGGGUGGCUCUUGGCAGCCAGCUCGCACAUCAAGUACCCUCUUCUUGACGCUAAUUCUCAAAACUUGAAUUAGAUCUCAAAUCAAUAUGGGUCUAUAGAUUCAGAGCAAAAAAUGAAUUUUCUUAACUUUGCUCUUUUAUAAGUUGUCCUUGAGGCUCUUCUUUUUUUUAAAUGGAUGAGAAAAGUGAAGCUGCAUGUACAAAAGUACCGGGGAGUUUAAGUCCCAGGCGUUUAGGGGCCAAAAGGUUACUUCAGUCCAUUAAAGUCUGUGUCCUGCACAUUGUCUGUGUUUCUGCCAAAGUCUUAAGACUCUUGAAGAUCAGGCAAAUUAGGUGUUGAGUAAAAAGGGAAAACCUUAGGUGAUGUGAAACAUUGAAAGCUACAGGCCCGCUACGAAGGCUGUGGAUGUUCUGGAAAGUUCUGUUACAGUGUAGAGACCUUCUGGCAGGUACAGGUAGUUUCCCAGGUUUCGUUUUGGCCCUGGUUCCUGCAGUGGAAAAUCACGGAGAUCUCCAAAAGUCCCUUUUCUCUUGGGAGGGGCUCCUGGUGUUGAAUGGUCAGCUUGAGACACAAAUUUCCCGAAAUUUGAGGGCUGCAGUUUAGCAUCCUUUUUGACAGCUGUUACAUAUGACUUUGUAAAUCUAUACUGAACGCCUGUUUUUCUUUUCUUUCUUUCAGUUUACCCAAAUAAUGAAACAUAUCAGACAAGAUGAUUGUCUGCUCUUUCUUCGAUUGGUCUUAAAUUAGUCAUCUCAGUUGGAUGGUAUAUGGUUUCAUCGUCUUCUUUUUUCUCUCCAGUGCUAGGUAUACUCAACAGUCCCUUCAGUAGCGUCCUCGGGAAGCCUCCAGGUUACCUGCCCCCUGAGUCCAUGAGCAUGACUGCUGAUUUCUUGGAGAAGUUCCCCAGCAUGGCUCGCAUGGCAAACCGUCUGGACUCUAGCUCUUUCUUGGACUCUCGCUCCAGCAGUCCUGAAGACUCGGAGACCAGUGGAUUCAGCUCUGGCUCAGACCACCUGUGCGAUGUGCUGGUAAGAGGAAGAGUUCUUACUUUGUAACACUGGUAUCAUUUCUUGGAGUGUUUUGGGCAGAGAACUAUUAGUCAAACCACAUCACCUAGAUGCCCUGUGCACCAUAAAUAAUCCUAGAGUGACUAGGCCUUUAUUUGAGAGAGGCUUUAAUUUGAUACAGGCCUAUAAUCUUAAUUUACCAGCCAAAUAUGAAGACUGAUGGGUAAUCCAGGCUGAGAGAUAAUAGAAAUAACAAGUGUCAUGAAUAAAAUCCUGUUUUAAUUGAAGGAAUAUUAUUCCCUUGAAGCCUCUGACUCUCUGAUCCACUCCUGUUUUGAUCAGCUGCUCUCUUUGGUUUCUAUUCAAACUAAUUCUCUAUGUUAAGUUGCACAUAAUGUAUGAAGCCCAUUUUAUACAUGGAGCAAUUCAACGUGCUGUACAGGGUAAAAAACACAAUUUAAAAACAAUGGGACUAUUAAAAGAAAUGGGACAUUAAGCAAAAUGUAAGAAGUUAAAGAAUUGUCUUAAAGUAUCAGAUCAAGAAAGAGAGAUGUCUCCUUCCAUGCCACUAUUUUAUCUUUACAAAACCUGCCAUGAUUAAUUACAGUAUUAGAGGUUUUUACAGGACAUAAUGUUUUGCUUUGCUAACAAUAGCAUGGACAAUAAAGCAACUCUGUGGACAUAACUCCUUGCAAUAAUAGGCGUAUAAUGUGAAAUGUCUGCAGGGAUUUCAGUCUUAACGGACAGUAACUUUUAAUAAAACUGGCAAGGUAUGAAUGAGAUUUCUAUGACGUUCAUAGAAUAGAUGGUGGUGUAGAAUACACAGGAUGUUUUAACUUGAGUUUUCAUGGAUCAAAUGAGGUCAGAGCAAAGCUAGACUUGGAGUCUGUAGGCUGGGUUUAUAUGAUGCUACAGCAGCAACAUAAGUAGCGUCAAGUUUUAGCAUCGUUUUUAAGAGUUGUGUGCCAAUAGUUGACCAGGAGCCUUUGAAUUUUGCUGAACGUAAAAGCGAAACUAAAACUAGCCACCUGGAGCAGCUCCUUUCCUUUAGUGGGGAGUAGUUUAGAUUAAAGGGCUUUUCAUGUACCUCUGAGUUAUAGCUGCAGAAAUAGACUUUUGCUGAACUCACCUUGUGCUAAAUUUUAGUACUGGCUCCACUUCAGUUUAAAUAUUUAAUACCUAGGCCUUUUCAGAAGCUGGUUUUAUUGUAAUGACUUGAGCAUUGUAAGUAUAUAUAUUUAUAUAUUUUUUCUUUUUCCAGCUAUAUGUGUGUUUUUACAACCAUCCAUAGGUAAUGUAAGAUUAAAUCAAAGAAAAUAAUAUAAGUAAUCAUCGCAAAUAAAUGUCCUCUCCAAAAUACAGAUCUAUAGGCAUAAAUUCUAUUCAGAGGCAGGAUGACAACAUUUUGAUAUAGAAAGAAGGAACUCUCAUCACUAACACACACUGUCAUUACAUCAACAAAGGUACCACAGGUUCACAUCUUUCAGUAAAGGAGGUCCUCUGAAACCUUAGUGAGAAUGUGAUCUGCUCGAUUUGAUACAUUUCCCAGACUUUUUGAAUCCAGAUAUUGUAUAAGGGAGGUUCUGUUUUUAACCAUCUGAUGGGUAUAGACAUACCUUUUUUAAAAUGAAACGGGUUUUAUAUCUCCAGUGAGGUACAAUCAUCCACUUGUCUCUUCCUUUCAGUCCAACUUGCGGAUUUCACCUCCUUUACCCUACUUGACAUCAAACAUGCAGAAGGAUCUCCUGCGCCUUGGCUCUCGUCUAGACCCCCAGGACUCCAGCUCUCCUCUGACCCCGCCAUCCAGUGCCAGUCCCGCCUCCUCAGCCAUGUCCCGCCGCUGGCGCACUGGUUCUCCAUGGCCUGGUGCUGAUGUGCUCGACCAGUCAGAUGAUGUGUUCAGCAUUGAGAGGGAGGCCCGCCUGCACAGACAGGCUGCUGGUAAAAUCUUAAAAUCUCAGUCUUCUCACAUUAAAUGUCAUCUAGAUAUAUAUAAAUAAAAAGAUAUGAAAAGUGUUACCUUUGACCCCUUUUCUGGACUCUUUAGCUGUGAAUGAGGCCACAUUCACCUGGAGUGGUCAGCUGCCUCCUAGGAACAACAAGGACCCUCUUUAUUCCUGCAAGGUCUUUCUCGGUGGCGUGCCCUGGGACAUCACAGAAGGUAACUGCUGCUGAAGGAUUUUUAACAUUUUCAGGGACUCUUGAAGGUGUUAUUUAUUUACAGCGUACCAAGUGGUUUUAAUAUCCAAAAAUGGAGAUUCUCUUUUGACAUUCAGAAAUCACGUUGCCCUUUAGUGAGAUUUAGAGGGACAUUUACCCAAAACAACUCUGCAGUAAUCUUUAACUACAGGACUAGUUUUUAGUUUUGUUUCUUCUGUUUUGAAAUCAGAGGCUCUAGAUUUUAAAGACUGGGGCAGCAUUUAUGGUCUUUUGGUGGUCAGAGGGUUUUUCUUUAAUUUCUCUGAGGACAAGUUUCCUUCUGUACAAGUCCACAGAAAUUAAAACGAUAAAAAAUGACUACAUUAGUUUUUAUAUUGUGGUUUCUCCCUGGUAGUAAAAAAUCCUUGGCACUAGUUUGCUAAUCUUCUUUAAUUAAUUUGGCAAAUAUCAAACAAUAUUAAAUCUGUUCCCAUCAGAAAUGUGCCCUGAUAAAAAUGGAAACAUGAUGUAAAUUUUUUUAUUGUUGGAUGCUUACAAUUAAUAACUUUGGCAGCCUCUUUGUUUAUGUUGUCUGGUUUCAUUUGCUCUGGCUGUUGAUUUUAUAGUUUAAGGAGAUAUAAAGGAGAAGUUUUCAAAAGGUUUGGCUUUACGUACUGGGUUUACUGAAGGACCUGUGCAAAAAUUCAUGUUCUCACUUCCUCUUUCUUGCUUCAGCUGGUCUGAUCAACACCUUCAGUGGUUACGGUCCUCUGACCGUGGAAUGGCCUGGUAAGGAUGGGAAACACCCUCGCUGUCCUCCCAAAGGUAAUGUGGCCAAAGGUAAUGACAAGCUGGUAGGCUAUUUAUUUUUUCUUGAUGGUUUCAGGGGGCACUGUGGUGGGCACAUGGGAUGUGGGUGAGUUUCACCGCUCUCUGGAGCCACUUUUGACCCGUGAUACCAGGACUUUGUGCGGAUUAAAAACAUGGUGGUAGUUUCUGUCAUCAACGUCUCAAUACAUGGGAUAAAUAUUUCUUUGGCAUUUGGCUCUUUAGCUCGUCUGUCUCUCUGGUAUUAAACUCUUUUUAAUGCAGGACUGCAGAUGUUCUGCUCUGCUUGUUACAAAAUUGCUUUGCAGAUUUCAUUGCUGAUCAAAUGUAAGUCAUUUGUGCUGCAACUAAUUAUGUAGAGUAUCAGUUGUUGAGGAUAUUUUGACUAGUAAUUGAAUUAUCUGUAUGAAAAGCCAUUUAAAUAACAUGAUUAUCAAGCCUUUUUGCACAUGACUCUGCAGAUUUCUAUGCGAGUGAAUGUUCCACUUGAACUGCAGUCUUGUCAUUGACCUUUUCCAGUAGCCUCCAGUUGAAGCCUGUGGUUUGGGGGUUCAUUUUCCUGUAUACCGAAGUGUUGUACUUCAUGUUUUCAGGCUAUGUUUAUCUGGUGUUUGAGAAUGAGAAGUCUGUUCGAGCCCUGCUCCACGCCUGCUCCCAGGACCCAUUUCACCCAGAGGAUAACCGGGAGUACUACUUCAAGAUGUCCAGCCGCCGCAUGAGAUGCAAGGAUGUGAGUAAAAAGUGAACAUGAAGCUGCCCUCAUGCGCUGCCGACUGGUGAUUUGCUACAUGUACCUCAACUCUACUUUAUGAAAGAGAGAAAAUGCAUGUUUGGAUGUUGAUUGAGAUAGUUUGUUUUCUGAUUUUGGAGUUGAAAUGUUUCCUGGUUUUAGUUUCAGCUCAAGUUCAACAAGCACUCAGGUUUUACUGUUGCGAAGGCUUUGCAAACAAGCAUCUGUUUAAUCUAAAACAGUGUAAAUCCAUAGAUCACAGGUUGCAGCCAUUUAACAGCCAGCAGUAGAUGUAUGAAAAGUAUUUGUGCCAAACUUGAGUAUUGAAUUUCUCUCUAGCUGACCCUAUUUUAAACAUAUUUAGAAACGGAGUACAAAAACUGACUUUGGAGAUUCCUUAUCAAUUCACGUCUUGCUUUCACCUUCAGUGCUUAAGCAGAAGAUGUUAGUUGCAUAAUUUUAAAGUGAUUCUUGUCCCGCUGCUGCUAUAGGUUCAGGUGAUCCCUUGGGUGAUCUCUGACAGCAACUAUGUUCGCUGCCCUGCCCAGCGUUUGGACCCGAGUAAGACGGUCUUUGUUGGUGCCCUGCACGGCAUGCUGAAUGCUGAGGCGCUGGCCAGCAUCAUGAACGACCUGUUUGGAGGUGUCAUGUAUGCUGGCAUCGACACGGACAAACACAAAUACCCAAUAGGUUAGACCGCAAGUGUUGACUCUUCAAUGUGACGGUUUGAGACCAAGUUCAACAUGAACUGACUUUUGUAACUUUGCUUUGUUCAGGCUCUGGACGAGUCACUUUUAACAAUCAGCGCAGUUACCUGAAGGCUGUGUGUGCAGCAUUUGUGGAGAUCAAAACCCCCAAGUUUACAAAGAAGGUGAGAUGAUACCCUUCUGUCUUUAUCAUGUCUGUAAUGAAUUACUGCCUCUAAUGUCUACCUGGAACCCGGGUGAUAAAAUCAGAGUACAAUACAGCGUUUCCUUAUCAGAUCAGCAUGCACUUUGCAAUAAUGGAAGCUUCUGCUACGGCACCCUCACUUUCUGUGUCUACGAGUGAGUAACUCCGCUGUGAAUUUCCUUUCAGGUCCAGAUUGAUCCCUACCUUGAAGACUCCAUGUGUCAAGUUUGCCUUCGCCAACCUGGGCCUUUCUUCUGCAGAGACCAGGUCAGUGGAAACUCAACAAACAUCUGUCUCUACCGGUUUCAGUUUCCCUUACUGCUAGAAAGACAAAGAAGUUUAGGCAGGAUGAAUUGUAUGGUGAUAAGGCAGUUUGAUUUGGAUUCAUAAUAAAUACAGAAUAUGUGAUAGAAUGCAGUGAAAUUGCAUCAAAUGAAGUUGCAUAAGCACACUGGUAAAUCAUUCUUCUUUUGCAUCUAUGUAGCUCUAACUCAGUUUGAUCAAGUUGGGUUUUGAUUGAUGAUACUGUUAUUUUUAACAUUAGAUUUAAGCUAUGGUUGCAUACUUGACAUAAACGAGUACAGGCAGCUUUGAAAUAACUCAAACGUGUAUUUAGUAAAACUGCUCCAACAGUCUACUUGAUCACUAAUUACAUUGAGCUUUACUUCUGGAUUCAGUGGAAGUUGAUCACUAAGUGUUGUACCAUCUACAGUACUGCCGUUAUUGUUCUAACCAGUGAGAUAGCUUAUUGAUGUACUUACUCACUGUGUGCUGACCCUCAGGCCUGCUUCAAGUACUACUGCCGCUCCUGCUGGCACUGGCAGCACUCCAUGGACAUCUUAAGCAACCACCGACCCCUCAUGCGUAACCAGAAGAACCGGGACUCCAGCUAGAACAGACGGAUCUGAGCACCCUGAAGGGCCAGAGGAAGAGUCCCUUUGUACGGGGGCGAGGCUGCCCGCCAAGGAGAGCACGUGUGCCCAGACGCCUUCAGUAUGAAGGCUCCUCGGCACUCCACCAGGCACUUGGGAUAUCACUGUAGGAAAUGUUCACUUUUUGCACUUGCUACAUUUUUGCUGUUGUUCACAGUGGCACUAUGCACAGUGACCUUGUUGGGAGAAACAAGGGGCCCUUCACACUUAUGCAUUUUUCCCAGACUUAUGGCCAGACAGAGAGAUGGGAGUCAGCCUAAGGGUAAGAAGUGGAUAAAAAUGCCAUUUCUUUUUUUUUUUUUUUUUUUUUUUGUUUUUUCUUUUUUUUUCUUUUUGUUUUUGUUUACAUGUGUUGCAUAGUGAAGAGCAAUCACGCAAAUCUCAUUGCCGUUCAUUGGCAGAUGCCAUACAGUGCCUUUAAAUUUUUAUUUUUUUCCCCUCCUCCCUCCCCGACCCCCAGUUGGCAUCCGUUUUUUCCUGUGCAAGCCAACUGGUGUUUCUUACUUUUGGGAGUUGAAUGUUGGGCUUCAUUUAACCAGUCGCAUUUCAGACAUUUUUACGCAGUUUUUUACUAAUUUGUACACAAACGGUUUUAAGUCAUUACAUGAAAAUUUUGAACAGAAUUCUACCAGGUGGCUGUUUAUGGGAAAACCCCCUCUUUUUAUUUUUAUUUCUUCUCAUGCAUUUUUCUGUGAAUGUUUUUUGUUUUUGUUUUUUCUUUUUAAUUUUGCCCUCAAAAAUUUCAGCUGAAUGGGCACAGAAGUAUUUCUUUAACUUACUUAAUUGGUCCAGUUAAAUUCAGUGUAUGUAACGGAACUGGAUAAACUUCGACUGGCGGUCCAUCAUUUCACAAGCUACUGAUGGAGCCUGUUGAGACCAGAGUGAAUGAGCAUUUGAUUGUACAUAGUUUUGAUUUUUGCACUUUUUAAUUUGCACGUUUGGAGAGGUGGCAGUGGUUUUUAAUCACUUUUGUACAUCAGCAGGGGGACAUGACUAUGUUAGAACAGCUGCUUGUUUCCUGUUGAAUGUAAGAACUUCCACAUAGCUGAUUAUUAUAAAUAACGUAUCCAGAGCUUGAGUAGACCCCGAUUAACUGAUUUCAUGCUUUCUUAACCCAUUUUGCCUUCCUGUUCCAGUUGAACAUUGAUGCAUAAUAAGCUGUGUGCCAAAGACAAAGUGUCUUUUCUUUAUCCAAUAAGUUUGUCAUGCUGAGCUUGUUGUCCUUUUAGCCCAGCUGCUUUUUAGAGUUUUGAAAGUCUACCUCAUUGUGGUCUGCCAAGUUUGCUACUUACAGUUGUGGAGUAUGUUCAGAUUGGGCACAAUAAAGGUGUUUAAGCAUUA